AUGAAGGAACUCUUACACAUUCAUAAGCCUAUCAUGCUGGACAGUACCAACUUUGGUCACUGGAAAGUGAGGAUGCAACACAUCAUCAGAGGAGUUGAUGAAGAUGCUUGGACGUCUGUAGAAGAUGGUUGGAGUGCUCCUACCGUUGUCUUGGAAGAUAAGAAAUACCAGUAUGAGAAGCGCCUUGAUCACCUAGCCUCCAAGUUUGAGAACCUGAGAAUGAGUGAUGAUGAGCCGAUUGAUGGAUUCAUAUGCAAGAUCAGUGAAUUGGCAAGUGAAGCGUCUGUUCUUGGCAAGAAGUAUGAAGAAAAGGAUUUGGUGAAGAAGCUCCUAAGGUGCUUACCACCACGGUUUGAAGCUUAUAAAGCUGUUCUCACACUUGCUGUUGACACAGAUGAGAUGAAGUUUCUGAAGGUGCAUGAUCUUGAGAAAACCGAUCGACAAUCUACUAACCAGAAGAGCAUUGCCUUCACAGCUGAGUCUAAGGAUGAUGGUCGAGUCACUAAGAUUGAAGAGAAUCUGAGUUUAAUGGCUCGAAACUUCAACAAGUUUGUCAAGCGUAUGGAGAAAGGUGGUGGUAGAUCCAAUGGACGCUACCAAAAGAAUGAUGUUGAAAGGGGCAGCUCUCAGCUCUCAAAGCAGGAUUCUAGCAAGAACACAAAGAUGUGUCAUGAGUGUGAAGGUUACGGCCACUUCAGAAGCGAGUGUCCCCUUGCUAAGAGAAAAUAUCAAAAAUGUAUUGAGUGUAAAGGCAUUGGGCAUACACGCAGUGAGUGUCGUAGCAUUCUCAAGAAAGAGAAGUCUCUCUUGUGCUUCAGUGACACUGAAUCUGAAAGCGACAGUGACGAAGGUGAGCUGCACCUAAACUUCAUGGCUCUAAUUGGUCAAGAAAGUGGAAAAGAUUCUAAUGCUUACAGCGAGGAUGAUGAUGAUCUUGAGCAAGAUCUUGAAACUGAGUACAAGACUCUAUUUGACAAGUUCUCUGAUCUCAGUCAUGAGAAUCUCGAGCUUCUCAAGGAGAAAGCAAUGCUGAAAGCUCAGAUUAACAUACUGGAACUUGAUCAGCCUUCCACCAAGACAAAAGCUUACUCAAUUGACCGAGAGUCGGAUCAAGAAGUUCUUGCACUUAAGAGAGCAAUGACAGAGCAGGAACGAGUUCGUAAGGAAGCUGAAGCACACAUACAAACGUUGAGCGAUCUCUUAGCCGUAGAGACUGAUCGAAGUACGCUACUCGAAAGUCAACUAACUGAAAAUCACAAGAAGGUUCGCAUGCUCUCAGCUGGUACUGCAACUCUUGAUCACAUACUUACAUGGGGACAGUGUCCGAGUCUCAACAUCGGCUUGGGAUAUAAAGGAUCUACCUCAAAGGCUACUGAAACGAAGUUUGUGAGGGAAGCUCCUAAUGAAGAAAAGAAACCUGAAGAGAAAGGGGUCCCUGCUGAAAGAAACGAGAAUGUCAUUCCUAAACCAAAAAGAUGUGGAAACGGAUGUCAUUUCUGUGGGAAACGAGGACACAACGCUAGGUUCUGUUACUUUCGAAGACCCAAACGUGAUCUAUAUCCGAACUACAAAGAGAACACUCACUCUGAACUAAACACCGUUUCUGUUAAGUCACACACUGAAGCAGAACAUGAUCUUGUUUGCAACUUUGUGCGAGUACAAGUAGACACAGAGAUCGUUAGUAAUGUUGCUUAUACCUCUGCUGAAGAAGCAUCACAAUCUCAACUUCCUUGGUAUUUUGAUAGUGGGUGCUCAAAGCAUAUGAAUGGAAAUGAAGACUAUCUUGAGAAGCUCGAACUCAUCAGAGGUGGAAAAUUUACUUUUGGAGAUGGAGGACAAGGCAAAAUUCGUGCAAUUGGAAUAACCUCCAGACCUGAUGUGCCUAAACUCUCAAACGUUUACUUUGUUGAGGGUCUCAAGGCGAACCUGAUCAGUGUGAGUCAACUAUGUGAUGAAGGAUUAGAGGUUAUCUUUAACAGCAAGGAAUGUCGCGCCGUUGAUGCAAGAAACAAUGUGGUGCUGAGAGGUAUUCGUUCAGGGAACAACUGCUAUCUUUGGAGACCUUCAAACGUGUAUUUUACGGCUACUGAAUCCAGACUUGAUCUCUGGCACAAGAAACUGGGUCACAUGAACACCAAUGGGCUUAGCAGACUCGUGAAUGCUGAAGUAGUAAGAGGUGUCCCUGAUUUGAGAAACAGACAGAGACAGUAUGUGGAGCUUGCUGCCAAGGAAAGCAAGUCAAGGUACACUUGGGUGGACUUCUUACGCAACAAGUCUGAUGCUCUUGAGAGUUUCAGAAUCCUGGCUCUUCAACUCAAACAUGAUAAGGGAGGAAUCAUUCAGAUUAAGAGCGAUCAUGGGGGUGAGUUUCAGAAUGAGCAGUUUGAUAAGUUCUGUCACAGUCAAGGUAUCCGUCAUCAGUAUGCCGCUCCGAGAACUCCUCAACAAAAUGGGGUUGUGGAAAGAAAAAAUAGAACAUUGCAAGAAAUGGCUAGAGCAAUGUUGUGUGGAAACAGUGUUCCAUCUGGCUUUUGGGCGGAAGCAAUCAACACUGCGUGCUAUGAUAAAUCGGGUCUAUGUCAAGCCAAAGACCAAGACUACUCCUUAUGA